GACGUAGGCCGAUUGUUGUCUUCAGGAGCAGACGGCAGAAACGUUGUUUAGCGAGAAACAAAGCUAUUGCGAUCGAAACUCUGAAGCGACAGCCUUACCAUAGAAGCUUCGCUCAAUGGAAACAGCUUGAAGUUUUAGUUUGCGACAGAGACCUUACCUGUCUAACUUUGCUGACAAGAUUCCAUGUAAAAAAAAAUUGCCAUACGCUGAGCAAUAAACAGCCGUCGAGUUCAAAUGGUGAAGAAAAAAAACAGUUAUCUGGUGCUAAUGCGAUACAGCAGCGAUGACCUGGCCAGAAGAAGUUCUUUAGAAGAUUUGACGUCAGAUAUUGCUAUGUGUGUCAGCCUUGGUGGUCUGUCAGCUGACCACUCUCAUUUGCUACCUGGAACCGAGCUGGCUGGUGGUCAAGAUUGGACGCUAUACCCUCUUUCUUGGAGUGUGGGGGUACUGCUUGACCAUCGAGUCCUUUGAGGACUGUGACUACUUCUACAAGCUCGGGCCAUGGGACGCCCAGCCCACCAUCCUACGGCUCUUCCAACUGAUGGAGACCCUUCUCGUAAUCCUCAAUGUGUUGUCUCUGAUAAUCAUCGUCUCGUGUAAGAUACGUUGUCCACGCUCCAAGUGCCGGCGCAGGAACUACUUGCCGUCCAUUCUGGAUCUGCUUUUGGUCUCUUCUGGUGUUGCUGCCUUUGGAGGAGUCCUAGCGUUUUACCUGACGUUCAUCACCUACACAACGACAGAUGAUACGAAAGUCAUUACUCUCCUCAGCGAUCGACGUCCGGGCUGGGCUAUCAUCGUCAGCAUCAUUGCUUACUGCUUCAUGAUAGUGUUCAGCGUCAUCCUCAUCUCAUGCAGAAACCAGACCUUUGACCUCGAAGUCAAGGACAACGAGCUCACCCCCCGCGAUGAAGGUGUCAGGGCAGAAGGUGCAUAUGAGAUCGUGGACGAUGCCAUGAUGACUGGAGUCAAUCAAGCGGAGGACAUUUCCAUAGAAACGUACGACAACCCUAGCACUGAGGCGGAGAAUGAUGAGACACCGGUUGCGGGAAAAGACGAACCAAGAGAAUCGAUGAAAGAAAUGUGGGAAGAGGCAAGCCGUAAAAAGGAGGAGUUGGAGAGAGAAUUGAAGGAAAAGAUGGAAGAAGAACUUCGCAGGCAACAAGAGGAAGACUUGGACAGACAGAGACAACAGGAAGAAGCGAAAACAAGCGAACUGAUCUACUGCCUAUCUGAAGUUGAUGAGAAACCGCGAGAACUAGAAGAAAAUAAUGACAUGUUGCAAAUCCAAACUAAGGACGAAGAAGUGGUCAGCACCGUGACGUUGAGAGAUGAAGAGUUGGAAGAGGAAGCAAAGCCCUGUGAAGACAGACAGGAGGAAGUGGCAAGUGGACAAAGCAAAGAAGAGGAAAAAUCGAGCACUGACAUCGCCGAUGAUCGACUAAACGCCAAAGUUCUUAUUCCAGAGUGUCCAAGCAUGGAAAGUUUGAAGAAGAAGAAGAAAAAGAAGAUGAAACUGUGUUGCAAUUCAUGAACUGGUCACGGACCAUGCAUUGCCGGGCUUCUUGAUUUCUGAAUACAGCGAGCGAGCAGAC